AUGGCUGCCGGCAAAAUCCACGUCAAGAACCCCGUUGUCGACCUCGAUGGCGAUGAGAUGACCAGAAUCAUUUGGCAAUUCAUCAAGGAAAAGCUCAUCUUCCCAUACUUGGAUCUUGACAUCAAGUACUACGAUCUUAGCGUUGAGAACCGUGACGCUACCAACGAUCAAGUUACCAUUGAUGCUGCCGAAGCCAUCAAGAAGUACAAUGUCGGUAUCAAGUGUGCCACCAUCACCCCUGAUGAGGCUCGUGUUGAAGAAUUCAAGCUCAAGAAGAUGUGGAAGUCCCCUAACGGUACCAUCCGUAACAUUCUCAAUGGCACCGUUUUCCGUGAGCCUAUUGUUCUCCAGACUUUGCCUAAACUUGUGCCAGGUUGGUCCGAACCUAUCAUUGUCGGCAGACAUGCUUUUGGUGAUCAGUACCGUGCCACUGAUUUGGUCACUGGUGGUCCUGGCAAGCUUGAACUUCUCUUUACCCCUGAAGAUGGCUCCGAACCUCGCAAGAUUGAAGUCUACAACUUUGAAAAGAAUGGUGGCGUUGCCAUGGCAAUGUAUAACACUGAUGAAUCCAUCAUUGGUUUCGCUCAUGCUUGUUUCCGUGUUGCUCUUGAUCGUAAGAUGCCCAUGUACUUGAGCACCAAGAACACCAUUCUUAAGGCAUACGAUGGUCGCUUCAAGGACAUCUUCCAAGAAAUCUAUGACAACGAAUACAAGGCCAAGUUUGAAGCCAUUGGUACUUGGUAUGAGCAUCGUCUUAUUGAUGACAUGGUUGCUCAAAUGCUCAAGUCCAAGGGUGGUUUCGUUUGGGCUUGUAAGAACUAUGAUGGUGAUGUCCAAUCCGAUAUCGUUGCUCAGGGUUACGGCUCCCUCGGUCUUAUGACCUCUGUUCUCUACACCCCUGAUGGCAAGACCGUUGAGGCUGAAGCUGCUCACGGCACUGUCACUCGUCAUUACCGUGAACACCAAAAGGGUAAUGCCACUUCCACCAACCCCAUUGCUUCUAUCUUUGCAUGGACUCGUGGUUUGGCUCACCGUGCUAAGCUCGAUGAUAAUGCUGAGCUUGCCAAGUUCUCCAGCGAUUUGGAGCGUGCAUGCAUUGAGGUCAUUGAGAACGACAAGCACAUGACUAAGGAUUUAGCACUCAUCAUCUAUGGCAAGGACAUGAAGCGUGAGCACUACUCGACCACCGAAGAAUUCCUUCAGCAAAUUGCUGACAAGUUGGCUGCCAUCCGAUCGGCGUGA